AUUAAGAAGACUGCCUUGUAUGAUUUUCAUGUCAAACAUGGUGGUAAGAUGGUUCCUUUUGCAGGAUAUGCUAUGCCUGUCUUGUACAAAAAUAUGGGCGCCUUGACUUCUCAUUUGCAUACUCGUGAAAAAGCGUCUAUUUUUGAUGUUUCUCAUAUGCUUCAAUCUCGGGUGGUUGGCAAGGAUCGACAAAAAUUCUUUGAAACAUUAUGUGUAGCUGAUUUACAAAAUAUGCCUGUGGGUCAAGGUACAUUAUCAGUGUUUACCAAUGAACAAGGAGGUAUUAUUGAUGAUACUAUCAUCAUGCAACAAGAAGAUUGCCUCUAUGUGGUGUCAAAUGCUGGUUGUGCUGAUAAGGAUUUGGCUCAUAUUCGUCAACAAUUGGGUUUAUUCCAACAAAAAGGUGGUGAUGUUGAUUUCCAAGUCAUUGAUGAUCAUUCUUUGAUUGCUAUCCAAGGUCCCAAGGCCGCUAUUGCUUUACAAGAACUCAUUGGUAAGGAUUUAGACGAUUUCCCCUUUAUGAAUGGUCGAUUCAUGGAUGUUGCUGGUGUUCCUUGUCAUGUUGCUCGUUCUGGUUAUACUGGAGAAGAUGGAUUUGAAUUAUCGGUCCCUACUCCUGAAAUUGUUACUAUCACUGAAAAAUUAUUGAGUCAUCCUGAUGUAGAAUUGGCUGGUCUCGGUGCUCGUGAUAGUUUACGUUUAGAAGCUGGUUUGUGUCUUUAUGGCAAUGAUUUGGAUGAAACAACUACUCCUGUGGAAGCUGGCUUGACUUGGACCAUUGCUAAAUCUCGUCGUGAAACUGGUGGAUUCUUGGGUGCUGAACACAUUUUACCUCAAAUCAAAGGAGGAGUGAGUCGUCGUCGUGUUGGUCUUAUUGUCCAAGGCGCCCCUGCACGUCAAGGUGCUGAAAUUUUAAAUAAGGAAGGUGAAAUCAUUGGUACCAUCACAUCUGGUUGUCCCUCACCCAAUUUGAAGAAGAAUGUAGCUAUGGGUUAUGUCAAGAAUGGUUAUCAUAAGAAGGGUACGGAAUUGAAUGUCAAAGUUAGAAACAAGGUCCAACCUGCUGUUAUUGAAAAGAUGCCUUUUGUUCCUGCUAAUUAUCACAAAUAG